GAAAAAUGAAGAAGUUCCAGAAUUUACAGGGAAUUUAACUAAAGCUGUCAACGAGAAACAACAACAAGUCACUCAAUCACCUGCAACAAUCUCUGCCAUUGUCAAUAUAUUAACUACCAUUGCACAAGUUUCAAAGAACGUAGAAGAAGGCGUCAUGCAGGAUGUAUUGAAAACUGUUGAUGUCCUCAUUAGUGACAAUGCMAAGGAAUCUUGGAGCUUUCUGAAUACAGGUGAAACCCAAAAUUCCAGCUCACUAUUGCUGUUUUCAAUGGAGACAAUUUCAGAAAGACUGAAUGGUUCAUUUACAAUAACUACUCAACGGAUUCAGCUCAAGAGAACCAAAUUUACAGACCCGAUCAGUGAUGUACUGAACUCCACAGUUACUAUAGAAAUUCCAGAAACAGGUUUCGACAAUACAUUUAUCACCACCAUUCUUUUCUCCUCCUUGGAAAACGUUAUGCCACCACGGACCUCUGCAUUUAACUUCAGCCUUUUUAAUGAAACCAGCAAUGAAACUUACCCCGAGAAUGUCAUCAAUGCUGCUGUUCUGCUUGUCAAAAUAAAUGAAGCAGUUCACAAUGUCAGCUUAAGCUACAACAAGCUCAAUACCACCCUGGAACUGAAUCCUCAGUGYGUCUUCUGGAAUUUUASUCUCUUAGAUAAUCUUGGUGCCUGGGAUGACCAGGGCUGUGAGUUUGUUUCUGAUAUAAACGAUACUGUGACCUGCACCUGCAACCAUCUCACAUCGUUCUCAAUUCUGAUGUCAACUGGCAUCCCUGAAAAACUAAGAWUAUUACUGGAUAUAAUGACAUAUWUCGGAGUUGGAAUAUCAAUGGUCAGCUUAGUUAUUUGUCUCAUCAUUGAAGGAAUUGUAUGGCGACCCCUUACCAAAAACAGCACUGCCUUUAUGCGCCAUGUUGCCAUUGUUAACACAGCCCUGUCCUUGCUGAUUGCUGACAUCUGUUUCAUCAUUGGGGCCGCUAUUUCAAAGAACCCCAAAGAAAACCCAGGCGAGGACUACAAAGUUCCARUUGGACCAUGCAGUGCARCAACCUUCUUCAUGCACUUUUUCUAUCUCGCCAUGUUCUUUUGGAUGCUCGACUCAAGCCUGCUGCUGUUGUACCGGUCAGUCAUGGUCUUCUCCCAAAUGUCCAAAUGGACCAUGUUCGCCAUUGGCUUGACUGUGGGAUAUGUUUGCCCUCUGAUCAUUGCUGUUACUACAGUAGCUGCCACUGCACCUGGGGGUGGAUAUGUAAGGGAAGAUCAAGCUUGUUGGCUAAACUGGACAAAGACCAAGGCCCUCCUGGCCUUAGUGAUCCCUGCUUUGGCCAUAGUUGUGUUCAAUAUUUUGGUCAUUAUGGUGGUUUUGUACAAGAUGCUCAGAAGACAAAGCACUGGAAAUCAAGCCCAGGCAGAUGAGAAAAAUGUCCUGCUAGUCAUUUUAAGAUGUGUGGCUAUACUGACUCCAUUAUUCGGACUGACCUGGUGUUUGGGAAUUGGAACCAUGGUGGACCCAACAAAUGGAGGGAUCCAUGUUGCUUUUGCUUUCUUCAACUCAUUGCAGGGUUUCUUCAUUUUAGUGUUUGGGACAUUAUUCGAUGCCAGGAUCCGCUCUCUUGUUUUGCUACAAGUACCUGCAUUAAGCACUACUUCUAAUCGCACAAGGAGCACUAKUGCAGGAACUUCCUCCAGUGGUGCAGAAAACGUCAUAAACCGAAUUUUUCGGAGAAGGGGGGUGUACCGUGUUUCACCAGUUMCAAACACAAGCAGCAACACUGACUYCUCACAGUCAUACAGCAACAUCUAA